AUGGGUGAUUUCGCCUUGAAGAAGCCUCUGUUAGCCCCAUAUCGCACCGUAGUUCAAAGGUUGCUCACUCAGUUUGAUGAUGUCCAAAUCCAACAUACCCCUCGAACUCACAACCGUUUCCUCGAUGCCUUGGCUACACUAGAGGCAAAUGUGGAUAUACCAGAUGAUAGUAUAACCAUCGUCAUCAAGGAAAGAACAACACCAACAGUGUUAGCCGAAGAACAUAUAGAGCAAGAUGCUGAGGGGUGGAAAGCAGAUAUAAUCCAGCAGUUGAAAACAAGCCAGGGAACAAUCAGACCAGCAGAACUUGCAUCAUUUUUGCUCCUCAGAGGAGAGUUGUAUUUUCACGGUCCUGUCGGCAGACAAGAAGCAACUUACAAGCUUAAGUAG